GGAGAACUCAAGACUCGGGACUCCAAUGAGAGGAAGGCGCAGUGUGACUGGGGCUCUAAGAGGUGGGCAGCAAGAAAGAGCAGAAGUGAAGGCAGGAAACUGGACUUGGUUCUAGAAAGAAAUAAGCUCAGGGCAUGGAAGGAACAGCCAUGGAUUGUUUCCAGACUUCACCAAGCCACUCGUGGCUCUAUCCCACUGUCAUCCUCUGCAUAUUUGGAUUUUUCUCUAUGAUGAGACCCUCAGAACCUUUCCUUAUCCCGUAUUUAUCUGGACCAGAUAAAAACCUGACCAGCACAGAGAUGGCCAAUGAGAUCUUCCCCGUGUGGACAUACUCUUACCUGGUGCUGCUGCUCCCUGUGUUUGUCCUCACCGAUUACGUCCGCUACAAACCAGUCAUCAUCGUACAAGGGAUUAGCUUCAUCGUCACCUGGCUGCUGCUCCUGUUUGGCCAAGGCGUGAGAGCCAUGCAGGCCGUGGAGUUCUUCUAUGGGAUGGUCACGGCCACCGAGGUGGCUUACUAUGCCUACAUCUACAGUGUGGUCAGCCCGGAGCAUUAUCAGAAAGUGAGCGGCUACUGCAGGAGUGUCACGCUGGUGGCCUACACGGCGGCCUCGGUGCUGGCGCAGCUCUUGGUGUCCCUGGCCAAAUUAUCAUACUUUUACCUCAACAUCAUAUCCUUGGUCUCUGUCUCCGUGGCCUUCCUUUUCUCACUUUUUCUACCAAUGCCCAAGAAAAGCAUGUUUUUUUAUGCAAACCCCAGCAAAGAGGUACAGAAGCCAUCGAGCACCAAAGCGGUGUUAGAGGAGUGUCAGGAGCGCGAAACCCCAGGCUGCAAUGAGGAAAAACCCACCUCAGAAACACCCACCCCUUUGGGGAACCUGGAUGACUGCCGGGAGAGCGCCCCAAAGCCAAAAAAUGUAGCUGUAAGAGUUUUUGUGCAGUGGUUCCAAGAUUUGAAAGAGUGCUACUCUUCAAAGCAUCUUUUUUACUGGUCCCUGUGGUGGGCCCUUUCCACAGCAGGCUUUAACCAGGUUUUGAACUAUGUGCAAAUCCUGUGGGAUUAUAAGGCACCCUCCCAAAAUUCUUUCAUCUAUAAUGGGGCAGUAGAAGCUAUCGCAACCUUUGGAGGGGCUGUGGCUGCAUUUGCAGUGGGUUAUGUGAAGGUCAACUGGGAUCUUCUGGGAGAGUUGGCUCUGGCCAUCUUCUCCGUGGUCAAUGCAGGCUCGCUGUUUCUCAUGCACUACACAACAGACAUUUGGGCUUGCUAUGCUGGCUAUUUAAUAUUCAAGGCCGGCUAUAUGCUUCUCAUUACCAUAGCAGUAUUUCAGAUCGCCGUUAAUCUGAGCGUGGAGCGAUAUGCCCUGGUGUUUGGAAUCAACACCUUCAUUGCCCUGGUGAUUCAGACCAUAAUAACUAUCAUCGUGGUAGAUCAGAGAGGGCUUAACCUGCCAAUCCGCAUUCAGUUUUUAGUUUAUGGGAGUUAUUUUGCUGUCGUUGCUGGAAUUUUCCUUAUGAGAAGCACAUACAUUAUCUACUCAGCCAAGUGCCACAAGAAAGUGCCGAGCUCUGCUAUCAGUCAGAAUCCGUAGGGCCACACCAGAGGGACCCAGGAAUGUCAUCGCCGGAACCAAGCUCUAAUCAGACAUCAGUCACCACAGCCUCUGAAUGAGGACUGUGCUGGUCACAAAGUCACUGAGUGCCAUAAAUGGACACACUUCACAAGGCUGGAUUCCAAGGAACCUUUUCAAAAACCACAACAAAAUCUGAGCUUUAGACCAUAUGCUCAGCUGAACUGGAUACCGUCGACAGGACCCAUUAUCUCAACUGAACAGCCCAUGUUGGGGAUCCCAGUGAAUAGCAGUGACUGGAAAAUGCUGGUUUUGAUCACUCGCAAGGACACACAAAUGGCAUGACAACAAACCAGCCAUCCUGCAGUUGAUGUUCCCCAUCUGUGAGCAGAAAUACUAACUGGACUGACCCAUCUGCUUGGCUUAGAUAGGUUUUAUCUUACGAAAAUAGGCAAUUCAUUUGACAUUUUUUGUCACAUGAGCCAUUUUCCUCCUUCUUCCGUUAAGUAGAUUUCUGUAUAACUUACAGUUCUCUGAGAGAAUUGCAAGGUUUGGUCCCAUUUCUAAGGACUCCUCUUCAAUCCUGAGAACAUAGCAUUAUUCACGAGCUUUUAUUUCAUAUCGCCAUUUAAUGUUUUCAUGGUUAUUUCUCAUUCUGUGCUCUGCUGAGCUGUGUUGUUGAAACUCUACCUCAGGAAUAGCUCCAGACACACCUGUGUGUCCACAAAAUGACAUUUAUGUCAAUUCCCAGUGGCCCCAGGAGAGGCAGUGAGUGGUCUCCUGCCCACAUAGGCAUUUGAGUGCCAUGUCAGUGUGAUAUCUGUCUAAAACAGAAAACUUAAGUAGAAAUUUCCAGGGGUUUCUACAAGUAUUUGUAAAUAAGAAAACACAGAUGGGGAAAAAAACAACACUUAAUUUUUAAAUGGCAGAGAUUGUGCUAAAUAAACUAAUGUGUGCAAAAAUGUUAAA